AUGCUAACUGUGCCCAGAGCGCCGCAUUUGACUGAAAGGCAAAAGGACGCAUUUACAAAUCAGAGCGACUCCGGAUGCGUUUUGGAGGAAUGUUGCAAGAAGCCUUGGUCGCACAUCUCAUACUGGGAAUGUAAUCGUCACAUCGGUCACAAGUGGCUGCCAGUCAUCACCUCCGCUUUGGUUGUCCUCAACGAGGAGCACUAUUCUGUCUCCGCUGCCACCGCAGAAAAUACCUCCACUCAUGCCGUUUGGUCACAACAGGGCCGCCUUUGUCUGGACCGUCUAGUCCGCCAUUUCACCUCGCCGCGAGCCUUCAGUGAAGAAUCGCACCCCAGUCGAAAAAAAUACCAUCCGUCCAUCCUCUAUUCCUCCUCACCAACAAAGCAACGACGGCGUCUCUCCCAUGAGGGAAUAAGCCUUCUGCUACUGCCAAAAGGGCAAAUCCUCCUGACAAACAAAACACCCACCACACCCAUAUUUGUCGCCUCGCCAUGUUUUGUGCAACCGGGUGAUUUAAUUGCCGGUGACUGGCCAGUCUAUCGUGUUGCACCGGCCUGUUCCCUGGUGGUUUUCGACACGCGGAUCUACGAGGAUCGACUGACAGAGGCGGGCAAGUACACGCCCUGGCCGGGCAAAUCGCUGUUCGGACCGGUGCUACACAUCAGCUUAGAAUGUGUUGAUAUUGUCGAACCUCUGUCUACCCAGUCAGCGAAAUUUUCAGACGCCUCAACCAAAUCAAGCCUUUUGUCGGAAGAAAUAGUUGUUGAUGCACCGCAGGUUUCCGGUAGAGGCAACUCAGGAUCUGAUUUAAUAAUUUCGGAUUCUUCUGGACCAGAAGAUGGUGCCCAAAUGGAAUUGUCAAAGGACAUUACCGAGAAUGAACCAGAAGUCGAUCAAGAUGCGCCUUCAACAACGGAGAGUGAUGAAAGAACUACGGCAGGUAAUAUAGCAGCGAGAGCUGGUGGCCAGCCUGAGGACAGUGAUGGUGUUGCACCAAACGAUAGUCCAGUUGCCAACUUCUACCUUCAUAUUGUUGAUUUGAUCGAAAAAAUUAGUGAGAUCACCGGUCACAUUGACUUCGCUCCCCCACCCGCGGUCGACCUCGAUGGAUCCUCUGAACUGAUGAAGUGCAGGUCAGUGCUCAAUUGGCGGCAGGAGAAAGUCGAGCAAAUAGAAACCACGCUGAAAGAAACUAAGAAACAAUUGAAGAGUCGGGAUGACCUCUAUGAGAGCUGUCGAAGCAAGCUCCUUGAGCUGCAGGAGAAGAUCAUAGACCGUCAACAGGACCCUCGGAGCUCUGCUGCUAAAAAUCUACCGGGCGGCCUGCUCUCCGUACCAUGCCAAUCGCCUCCCAGCCCUUCUGAGGGAAUGGGUGAAUAUUCGACCGAGAGUGUAAUGCCGAUCCACAAUCAGGUCAUGGGACCCAAUAUAAACGCCCCUGGAGAUCCACUUUCCGGCAGCUACCAGCGUGGACCCCCCAUGUAUCAACACCCAACAACGUCUGUGAUGUUACCCGGUCCCAACUUGCGUGCACCUCAUAUACCUCAACAGCAGUCUGUAUACAAUCAGAUGCCUGGCCAAAUGCCUGUUGACAUGCUGCAACAGCAGAGGUUUCAAGCGCCAAUGCAACCACCAACGGCUUCGCGUUUUCCCAUCGUAUCGCCGUCCGGGCAACAUACGGCAGAGGGCGGGAUGAUGGCCCCCGUGCCGACGCCGGACGCCACUGCAAUGCCACCAGUGGGCCAUUCGUCCCCUUAUGAUGGUGGAUUCGGUGCUAAACCUGUUUCCGGGUCCGCUGGAGUUCCAAGAACCUUACCUCCUCCAAUGACAUCACAACAGCCCUUUGCUCCCCAGCAGCCACCCAUCUCCUCGCCUAUGCCCAUGUCCCAGCAUCAACAGCCCCAACCAAAUCCUGUAAUACCAAUGAGAAGCAUGGAAGUCACCGACCCUGCACGACAAUCAACUCGUCAGCCACCAAUGGGGUUGCAACAACAUCAGCAAGUACCGCUAUCGCUUCCCCCUCCUGCCCAACAGCCUGUAGGCACAAUUCCCCCUAUGCCCCCAUCCGGUUCCGCACCCCCCUUUCCUAUGCCCGCGCAGGGCACAGUGUGCCUCCUUUGUUCUCGCGAUCUCACCGAGCCGCCCGCUCCGCCCUCCUCAAUGUCUGGAAAGGUGCUGUCUUGUAAUUACCCGCCGGUGCAAUGCGAGGCCGGGUGUCGAGGCUGGUUCCAUCUCCACUGCUCUGGCCUCACCCCCGAGGCUUUCUACCUCCUCAAGGCGGAGGGACCUUUGGUCGAGUGGCUCUGCACAACCUGUGCCACUCAGGCCUACCCCAAUAUACCCUACAUUCGUUUGAGACAUUGA